GCGGGGCUUCGGCGGUGUCGCGUCACCAUGGCGAGCAGGAAAACUCCAGCUAAACCGGAGCCUAAACCGCUGAGCGGGGACAAAUACUCCAUCCUGCUGCCGACCUACAACGAGAGGGAGAACCUGCCGCUGAUCGUCUGGCUGCUGGUGAAGUAUUUCGGGGAAAGCGGACUCCAGUACGAGGUCAUCGUGGUGGACGAUGGAAGUCCGGACGGAACGCAGGAGGUGGCGAAGCAGCUGCAGCGGAUCUACGGGGAGGACACGCUGCUUCUGCGACCGAGAGAGAAAAAGUUAGGACUUGGAACCGCCUACAUCCACGGCCUGAAACACGCCACGGGGAACUUCAUCAUCAUCAUGGAUGCAGAUCUCUCUCAUCAUCCCAAAUUUAUUCCUGAAUUCAUCGAGAAGCAGAAGGAGGGUAACUACGAUGUGGUGUCUGGUACCCGUUACCGCGGCAACGGCGGCGUGUACGGCUGGGACCUGCGCAGGAAGCUGAUCAGCCGAGGGGCCAACUUCCUGACCCAGGUCCUGCUGAGACCCGGGGCCUCGGACCUGACCGGCAGCUUCAGGUUGUACAAGAGGGAGGUUCUGGAGAACCUGGUGCAGCGCUGCGUCUCCAAGGGCUACGUGUUCCAGAUGGAGAUGGUGGUUCGAGCCCGGCAGCUCAACUACACCAUCGGAGAGGUCCCCAUCUCCUUCGUGGACCGGGUCUACGGAGAGUCCAAGCUGGGCGGAAACGAGAUCCUGUCGUUUGUGAAGGGACUGAUCACGCUCUUCGCCACCACGUGAUCCGCCGCCGUCUCCGUGUGACCCCACCCUCCCGGUCCUGGGUCCAAACCCAGGACCUACACAUGUAGAACUCCUCCACUACUGACAGAGCCCCCCCCCCUACCGAAGACACGUAGCGACAUGAGACCUCCGACCCCCCUGCAGUAAAAUAGUUCCCUGGCUGAAGGAGGACGCUGCUCUACAUUCCCAUCAUCCUCUCUGAUCAGCCGGGCCUCCCAUCAUUCCCAGCCCGGCACCGUCCUGGACUCUGGAUCGACGAUGGUUGUCGCUUUUGAAUGUUUGUAUGAAAUUAAACAGUUUGUUUCUGGC